AUGGUCUCACGGCGAAAAAGAAUAAGAUGGGAACUGACUGUUACAGAGAAGACCGUUAGUGUUGAAGCUACAGUUACAAAGGAGGAAACCCUCGUAGAAGAAGAGGCUGGAUACAAGGUCUUUGUCGGUAAUUUGUCCUUUCAAACUAGCGAAGAAGAACUCGCAGAUUUUUUUGGCAGCGUUGGAAAAGUUCUUAAGGCCAAUAUCAUUACUCGCGGCACUCGGUCCCUUGGUUAUGGAUUCGUUGCUCUCGAAACCGAAGAGGAAUCCAAGAAAGCCGUAGCAGAGCUCAACAAACAGGAUUUGGGUGGCCGCCUAAUCAAUGUAGAAGUUGCCAAACCGAAGAAUGAAAGUACCUCUAAUCAUGCUACUGAUGCCCAACAAAAUAAUACCUCUGGCGCGCGUCGUGGACGUGGUAGUCGUAAUAGUCAUAAUAUUAAUAACAACAACAAUGAAGACGGUGGAGAAGCCGCAGAAAACAAUGACUCUACAGCCGUAACUGCCUCUGAUGCCCCAAAUACUAAUGGUACCAACGCAGACGAAAACACCACCGGAAAACCACAUCGUGGCGCAGCUGGAGCUGCUAAAACCGGUGAACCAUCCAAAACGGUUGUAUUUGUGGCGAAUCUCCCAUUCUCGAUCACCGACGAAGGACUUAAAGAAAUAUUCAAAGAUUACAAUGUUACCUCUGCUCAUGUUGUUCAACGUCGUGGCGGUCGAUCAAAGGGAUUCGGAUUCGUGGAAUUGGCUGAUGAAGAAGAACAAAAGAGGGCCCUUGAAGGGCUCAAAGGAGUUAAAUCCGAAGAACGAGAAUUGGUCAUCAAAAUUGCGUUGAGUGACCAACACGCUCAGCAAGUUGGUGUUAGUGAAGAGAAGCCGAAUUCAGGUGUAGCCGAAGAAUCCGCUACAACUGAGGAGAAUAAAGAACCCGUAACUACCGGAGAAUAA